GGCGCCCUCGCGGCCCUGCCCGCCCUUCGGCAGCUGGACCUCAGCGGCAACCCCCUGGUCUCCCUCAGCCCGCAGGCCUUCGGCGAGGGCGGCAGCUCGCUGGAGGAGCUGGCCCUCCGCGGGGCCCUGCGCGACCACGGCGUCCUCCUCAGCCUGGCCACCAUGCUGCAGGCCGGGGCCCUGCGCAACCUCAGCCGCCUGGACCUGGCCGACAACGGGCUGCUGCUGCUGCCCGCAGGCAUGUUCACGGCCCUGCUCGCCCUGCGGCAGCUGGACCUCAGCAACAGCUCCCUGGUGGGCCUGCGAAACGUCUCCUUCCAGGGGCUGGGCCAGCUGCAAAGCCUCAACCUCAGCGACGGCUCCCUGGGCGUGCUGAGGAACGGCACCCAGGCCCAGUUCCGCGGCCUGCCCGCCCUCCGGCGCGUCGGCCUGGGCCGCAACGCCUGGGUCUGCGACUGCACCGUCGAGGACCUGGUGGCCUGGCUCAAGGAGAGUGACCAGGCCGAGGGCAAAGAAGCUCUGACCUGCGCCUACCCCGACAAGACGUUGGGUAAAGCCCUGCUGAAGAUCAACGGCUCGGAUCUGAACUGCUCCGUGCCCGUAGACCUGCCUUCCCAGCUACAGACUUCCUACGUCUUCCUGGGGAUAGUCUUGGCUCUCAUCGGGGCCAUUUUCCUCCUGGUUUUGUACUUGAACCGAAAAGGAAUCAAAAAGUGGAUGCACAACAUCAGAGAUGCCUGUAGGGAUCACAUGGAGGGCUACCACUACAGAUACGAGAUCAAUGCAGACCCCAGGUUAACAAACCUCAGCUCCAACUCGGACGUCUGACGAAGCGCCAUGGACGCGGGGCAGCGCACAGUAGCUAUGCAUGAAAAGUAGACUUAUGCUUUACCCUCUGCUUGCUUCCCUCUCUGAGAAAUCUCAGACGUGCUUGUAAUUUGAGAGGGAUAUGCCUCCCUGUGAUGUCAAGUUCAUUUUUGUUUUGAGAUGCUGGACAGCUGCGCAUGGCGUUGGGCUGUAUGUAGGAAACAAGCUGCUACUUCUUUUCCUCCUUACCUGUCUGUACUUGUGGGAAUUUUUUUUUUCAACAAAAGAUAAAAAGGAUUCUUUCUGAUGCUCCAAAGCCACCAGAGUUCAUAAAAUAAUUUACCGAUACAGACACCAUUCAACAAAAGCUGCCUCAACUUUUUGGGGAAAAAAUUGUUAUGUUUCUCUGUGCCAGUUUUGAUCUUGUGUAUCCAAGUUGCAAUGACAAUGAUUCCGUUUCACAGACUACCUUGAGAUUUAAAAAAACAAACUCCUUUUAACAACUCCUCUGUUAAAAAGAAGGAAUUCAAAUAGUGAGCAUGCACAAAUGCUUUAUAGUUUUACAUGUUAGGAAACUUAAGAUCUCAGUAAGUCUCUUAUUAUUUUAUAAAGUUAUUUUUGAUUGCAGUUUAUGUGAAAAGAGGGUUUUUAUACAAACUGCAUCUAAACUCCAUCUGAACUGUUAAAUUCAAUAAACAGUCUUACGAGAACUGUUGUGUUAAAGUUUGCUGCUCGAUGAGAAAUGUAUGGACAUCUAAGAAUGUGGAUAGCUGUGAAGUAAUAGCCCAGUAGUAGUAAUCUGAAUAAAAUUUUAUACAAAUGUGUAGCUUAGAGGCAUAAAGGUUCGACAAUGUUGUGAAAUAUGCUAGGAGAAUUACAUCGGUCAAUGAUGAGAGCAGUUUCACUUGGCAAAAAAAACCCCUGGUCUGCUCUCUCGAAACAACUGCAAAAUGUUGAAACAGAUGCUACGGUCUACCUUGCUGGGAAGGUACAAACUGAUAGAAUUUUCAUAAGGUCUUCCCUACCAAAUUAAAAUAAACC